CACUUGUCGUCCAUAGCUGACAGGGCUGCGUUGGAUAGUCUCCUCAGGUUUUCCACAGUUGUUGUAUUGUUUCAGUUUAUAACUCAGUAUUUUACUUCAGUGAUACAUGAUGGAAUUUAAAGAGUUAGGCGGCGAUGACACCUCAGAGGGAGAGGCGGAGGACUUGGAUAACGUCAAGGCGCUCACCGAAAAGCUCAAACUGCAAACCCGCAGACCGUCAUAUCUUGAAUGGAAGGAAAGAGUGCAGAGUCGGCCGUGGGAAGAGAAUGCCAAUGUGUCAAAAAGCGAAGUGACAGACGAACACGCGUGCCUCACUGAAGUCACCAAAGAUGAGAAUUCAGAUCCAACCGUGCGCAAUAUCUGCGGCUUUGAUACAAUCGACGAUGCGCUUUCUUGGCUUCGAAGUGAACUGAGGGAGAUGCAGCUCCAGGACAACCGUCUGGCGCGGCAGCUGAUCCGUCUGCGCGCGGAGAUCCACCGCAUCAAGGUGGAGCAGGUGUGCCACCGUCACAAGGAGAUGCUGGACGACGCCACCUACGAGCUGGAGGAGUGCGGCGAGGAGGACGACCUGCUCUGCGACAUCCCCAUGAAGGCCACCUUCGCCCUGUCCACCCCUCUCAAGCACCUGGGCCUCACCAAGAUGAACAUCAACUCGCGACGCUUCUCACUCUGUUAACAAACAACACGAUGCGACAAAGAACACUUUUUUAAAUACAAAGAAACACU